GCCUUGUUGCCUUGGUAACUAGGACGCACAGCAACCCUGACGGUUAUGGCGCGGCUGGGUAGUACGCAGAUCCCCGACGGGGAGUUCACCGCGGUGGUGUACCGGCUCAUCCGCGAUUCACGCUACACCGAGGUGGUCCAGCUGCUGGGUGGAGAGCUCCAGCGGAUCCCGAGGAGCCGCGCCGGCCUGUCGCUGCUGGGCUACUGCUACUACCGCCUGCAGGAGUUUGCUCUGGCCGCCGAGUGCUAUGAGCAGCUGAGCCAGCUGCACCCGGAGCUGGAGCAGUACCGCCUGUACCAGGCCCAGGCCCUGUACAAGGCCUGCCUUUAUCCCGAGGCCACCCGGGUCGCCUUCCUCCUCCUGGACAACCCCGCCUACCACAGCCGGGUCCUUCGUCUGCAAGCUGCCAUCAAGUACAGCGAGGGCGAUCUUCCCGGGGCCAGAAGCCUGGUGGAGCAGCUACUGAGUGGGGAAGGGGGAGAAGACAGUGGGGGUGAGAACGAGUCAGAUGGCCAAGUCAACCUGGGUUGUUUGCUCUACAAGGAGGGACAGUACCAAGCUGCAUGUUCCAAGUUCUUUGCAGCCCUGCAGGCCUCGGGCUACCGGCCUGACCUUUCCUACAACCUGGCUUUGGCCUAUUAUAGCAGUCGACAGUAUGCCCCAGCGCUGAAGCACAUCGCUGACAUUGUUGAGCGUGGCAUCCAUCAGCACCCGGAGCUAGGUGUGGGGAUGACUACUGAGGGCAUUGAUGUUCGCAGUGUUGGCAACACUUUAGUCCUUCACCAGACUGCCCUGGUGGAAGCCUUCAACCUCAAGGCAGCCAUAGAAUACCAACUGAAAAAUCAUGAGGCUGCCCAGGAAGCCCUCACUGACAUGCCACCCAGGGCAGAGGAAGAGUUGGACCCUGUGACCCUGCACAACCAGGCACUAAUGAAUAUGGAUACCAGACCUACAGAAGGAUUUGAAAAGCUACAGUUUUUGCUCCAACAGAACCCCUUCCCCCCAGAGACCUUUGGCAACCUGUUGCUGCUGUACUGUAAGUAUGAGUAUUUUGACCUGGCUGCAGAUGUCCUGGCAGAGAAUGCCCACUUGACUUUUAAGUUCCUCACACCCUAUCUCUAUGACUUCUUGGAUGCCAUGAUCACUUGCCAGACAGCUCCCGAAGAGGCUUUCAUUAGGCUUGAUGGGCUGGCAGGGACGCUGACUGAGCAGCUUCGGAAACUCACUAUACAAGUACAGGAAGCAAGACACAGCAGAGAUGAUGAAGCUGCCAAAAAGGCAGUGAAUGCAUAUAAUGACAUCCUGGAGAAGUAUAUUCCUGUGCUGAUGGCCCAGGCAAAAAUCUACUGGAACCUUGAAAAUUAUCCAGUGGUGGAAAAGAUCUUUCGCAAGUCUGUGGAAUUCUGCAGUGACCACGAUGUGUGGAAGCUGAAUGUGGCCCAUGUUCUGUUCAUGCAGGAAAACAAAUACAAAGAAGCCAUCGGGUUUUAUGAGCCCAUAGUCAAGAAGCAUUAUGACAACAUCCUGAGUGUCAGUGCUAUUGUACUGGCUAACCUCUGUGUUUCAUAUAUUAUGACAAGUCAAAAUGAAGAAGCCGAGGAGCUGAUGAGGAAGAUCGAAAAGGAGGAAGAUCAGCUCUCCUAUGAUGAUCCAGACAAGAAAACCUACCAUCUCUGCAUUGUGAACUUGGUCAUAGGAACACUUUACUGUGCCAAAGGAAAUUAUGACUUUGGGAUUUCUCGAGUUAUCAAAAGCUUGGAACCUUAUAAUAAAAAACUGGGAACUGAUACCUGGUAUUAUGCCAAAAGAUGCUUCCUGUCCUUAUUAGAAAACAUGUCAAAACACACAAUCAUGCUUCGUGACAGCGUUAUCCAAGAAUGUGUGCGGUUUCUGGAACACUGUGAACUUUAUGGCAGGAAUGUACCUGCCAUUAUUGAACAACCCCUGGAGGAAGAAAGAAGGCAUAGUGGAAAGAAUACGGUCACAUAUGAGUCCAGACAGUUGAAAGCUUUGAUUUAUGAGAUUAUAGGAUGGAAUAUGUAGUCAUGUCUGAUAAUGUCUUAGAUGUUAAUAUACUGUGAUCUUAAUAUACUGUUUUAUUUGUAUUUAGCUGUUGGCAUCUUUAAUGAUGAACUUUGUAUACUUCAAAAUUAUAAUAAAAAUAAUUUAAUCUGUUUUUUUAUACCCUUCACCAAAUGAAAUAUAAGAAUUUGGACACCUACAUACAUGAAAAUUCAAAACUGAAUGGGGACACUAUCUAUUCGAACUUAUAGUGCCUAUGUUCCCUCUCCUUCCUUAUCACCUGUGCUUUAUUGAAUUUUAUGAGUCCCCUGAGCAAGAACUACAUUUUCCAAAAAUUGAGCAUUGUCAAGCCUAAAUUUCAUUGAUUAAAGAUUUUCUAGGCUUUGGGGAUUGUGUGUUCUUACCAUGUACCCUCGUUAUUCUAUUGUUAUAAUUCAUACAUUUUACAUAGAGUUUAGGAUGUUUUGACAGGGAUUUUCAAUACAGGUGUAAUGCUUUAUGUAACCAAAAUUACUUAGUUUUUUUUUUAAGUGUGUGAGAUUCAGUGGGAAAUCUUGUGUUCUUAACUGAAUUAUGGUGAUAUGUUAUAGAGCAUGGUUUUCUUUUGUUCCAUUUGUUAAUAAUUUGAAUAUAUGAACAAGAUAGAUAUACUGUAUUUUGCUGUGUAUAAUGUGCACUGAGAGAAAAAUAAGGAUGCACAUUAUACAUUGUAGUUCUGAUAUAUAAAUGUUUUUAAUUAUUUUAUUUAUGCCUAUGCGUUAAAAGUGUACCUCUAGAAAGCAAUAACGAUAUCCAUAUGCAAAAUAGUAUACUGGAAUACCAUAAUUGGCUUUGUUUCUAAA